ACGCCAUAAAAAAAGGCCAAAAAAAAAGAAAAUUGUAUAGUAGUUUUGCGAAUUAAAUUUCUAUACUUUCCGAAUAUUCUUUGUCUUUCUCUCUCUUUCUCUGUCUCCUUCUCUUCGUCAUAGGAUAGGCAAGGGGAAGAGGGGAAGAGAGAGUGGGGAAAACCAGAACAAUAGAAGAAGUGACCCAAAAGGAAAGUAUAAGAAGGGGAUAUAUUUAAGCCUUUUUGGUUGCUUCUUUGUUUUCUCUUACAUAAAUAUGUAUUGUGAAAACAAGGUUGAGGAGAGAGAGAAGAGAGAAGAGAUGGGGAAGAAUGAAGAGAGUAAUGGGGAUCUGAAAUCAAUUAACAAUUUUCCAUUGAGCAUUUGGGAGGUGGCGGUAGCUUCGACGGUGGUGAUAGGUUUCGUGGUGGGGUUGCUGCUGGUUUAUCUGACUAUGCCUCCAUCUGAUUACAGCUUCCUCAAGCUCCCUAGAAGCCUUGAGGAUCUUCAAAUCCUUAGAGAUCACCUUGAAAACUACACAAGUGACUAUACUGUGCAGGUCCUGGUGGGGUAUUGUGUGGUCUACAUUUUCAUGCAAACUUUCAUGAUCCCAGGGACUGUUUUUAUGUCACUGCUUGCUGGAUCCCUUUUUGGUGUCUUCAGGGGUGUAGCUUUGGUUGUGUUCACUGCCACUGCUGGUGCUUCUUCUUGCUAUUUCUUGUCUAAAUUGAUAGGGCGACCUCUUGUCUUUGCAUUAUGGCCUGAUAAGCUGGUUUUCUUCCAAGAUCAGGUAGCUAGAAGAAGAGAGAGUUUGUUGAACUAUAUGCUAUUCUUGAGACUGACCCCAACUUUGCCUAACACAUUCAUUAAUGUUGCUUCACCAAUAGUAGAUGUGCCAUAUCAUAUAUUUUUCCUGGCUACUGUUAUUGGACUCAUUCCUGCUGCUUAUGUAACUGUCAAGGCUGGAAUAGCUCUUGGAGAGUUGCAGUCUCUGGGGGAUCUAUAUGAUUUCAAUUCAAUUGCAACUCUUUUCUUUAUUGGUGUUGUUUCCAUUACCCCAACACUAAUAAGCAAGAGCAAAUCAUAGCAUUCUACUAGCUAGACAUGCUUGUUUUACAUGGAUGGGCCUCUCUCGCCUCAGCAAAGUAUCUACCACUUCAUUUCUGUACAGAUUUAUCUUCAAAUAAAUCAAGAUUCUUCCAUGUAUCUCGUAUGUAAAAUUCAUUAUUGAUGCUAGACACUGAAGAUGAUGAUUUGGAGAAUGUAUUAGGCCAUGCAUGAAAUCUAUGUGACGAAUAGUAUUUGUUUGGUUAAGGUAAGUACAGGGUAAAGGAGCUAGGCUGUACUAUUUGUAUAAUAUCAGUUGAAAUGGUCGGAAACCAAGCUUCAACCUGAGUUGUAUGUCAGUGUUAAACCAAUCAUUUUAGAAAAACAUUCUUUGUUCCAA